GUUAUGAAGAAAAACGCCACCGCGGCUGCAAGUUGAUUUUCCAGCCGCGGCUUCCAGUUUGAAACAGGUGUGAUAAUAACGAGGGAGGAUGGCUCUGCCGACGCCGGUGAAUGUGAGCGCGGCGGGGGUGAUGGUGGGCUGCGUGGAGCAGGGGAACCUCAGCGUGGAAGUGACCGACUUUAACACCAGCUGCAGUAACGGUUCAGUCGUCUCCAGACCGUCAGCCAGAGUCAAAGAGAUGGACUCCUUUCGCAUCCUCCUCUACUCGCUCAUCUUCCUGCUGAGCGCCUUCGGCAACCUGCUCAUCAUCGUGGUCCUGAUGCUGAACAAGCGCAUGCGCACGGUCACCAACUCCUUCCUGCUGUCCCUGGCCGUCAGUGACCUCAUGAUGGCCGUCUUCUGCAUGCCGUUCACCCUCAUCCCCAACAUCCUGGAGGACUUCAUCUUCGGAGGUGCCAUGUGCAAGACCGUCACCUACUUGAUGGGGAUCUCCGUCAGCAUCUCCACCUUUAGCCUCGUGGCUAUUGCCAUCGAGAGAUACAGCGCCAUCUGCAACCCGCUGAAGUCCCGGGCGUGGCAGACGAGAUCCCACGCCUACCGUGUCAUCGCUGCCACAUGGGUGGUGUCGUUGCUCAUCAUGGUGCCCUAUCCGGUGUUUAGUGCCCUGAAGACGUUCCCCAAAGCGAAUGGCACUGUGGGCCACAUGUGUCGUCUUGAUUGGCCCAGCCAGCAAGCCGAGCAGACCUGGUAUAUGCUGCUUCUGUUCACCUUGUUCUUCAUCCCGGGAGUGGUGAUGAUUAUAGCCUACGGUCUGAUCUCCAGGGAGCUCUACCGGGGCAUGCAGUUCGAGUUUGGCCACAACAAAGAGACCACUGGUCAGAAGAACGGCAUCGCAAAGCCUCUCACGGGGUCCAACGACGACGACGACGGCUGCUACAUCCAGGUGUCUAAAAAGCCCUCCUCUGCCGUGGAGCUCCCCACCCUCUCCGCCGCGGCCGCCGCCAACCAAGCCAAGACCGAGCGCGCCCGCAGCAACACCUCCGAGGCCAAGCUGCAGGCCAAGCGGCGCGUCAUCCGCAUGCUGAUGGUGAUCGUGGCGCUCUUCUUCGUCUGCUGGAUGCCGCUGUACACCGCCAACACCUGGAAGGCCUUCGACCUGAGGUCGGCGUCCAAAGCGCUCUCGGGAGCGCCCAUCUCCUUCAUCCACCUGCUGUCCUACACCUCGGCGUGCGUCAACCCCAUCAUCUACUGCUUCAUGAACACGCGCUUCCGCAAGGCCCUGCUCUCCACCUUCGCCUGCUGCUGCCGCAACCGGCUCUGCCGCCGGUGCUGGUGGUGCGGGAGGAGGAGGGAGGCGGGGGACGACGGCACCACCGCCGUCUCCAUGGCGACGUCCAUGGCCACCUCCAUGUCCAAGUUCAGCUACACCACGGUCAGCACCACCGGCACCUGCUGAGCCUGGGGGGGAAACCGCGGCGGUCGCAUCAGACUCCCCUGCGCCCUCUGUUUGACCGACUUCCCCCCUAACCCUCAUUGAUGAAGCCUUUUUUUUUUUUUUUCAAAUUUUAUUUUAUUGAUGAAGCCUUUACACAAGGUCUCCUUCAGCUAUGUGUGCAUGGCUGCAGAAUGUGAGGUGGAGAAAACACCGUUUCAGUUUGGUGAAGCUCAUCCCCUCCCCAUCCUCCUCUCUCUCUCUCUCUCUCUCUUUUAUUGGCAGCAUCCGCUUUGUUGCAUCCUGAGAAAGAACAUCAAGUGCCUGUGCUCUGUGUGUGGCUUUGUGUGUUCUGGUAGUUCGUUCACUGGCUGAUGGACAUUUUAGUGACAAAAACUACGUUGUAAAUACUUCGUGCCAAAGGUAAAUUAUGAGACAUACUGUCAACCAAUGAGGACGUGAGCUCAGUAUGGAUUUCAUCCUUUUUUUAUUUAAUGUUGUUUCAUGUUCAUUCAUUCAGGGCAUCUCUCUCUCUCUUUUUUCAGAAUCAUUCUCCUGAAUAACUUGCACACUGUCGACUCCCAAAUUCUGAAAAAGCUGAAUGCCGAGUCAGCGUGUUUACACCAAAAAAAGAUAUCAAAGGGAACAGAGUGAGUCCAGUUUUUAUUUUUUAUUCUGGACAAACUCUGACUUUAUGUUUUUGGUCUUAUUGACUAAUGUGUCAUCACUUCUUAUUUUUAAAGCAGCAGCCAUCCAAACACUGAAAUGUAUAUGUUUGUCAGUGUCUUGGUGUUAAAUGGAUGUUUUUUUUCCCCCCGCCCCUCUUGCGGUAACGCUUAGUGAACCAAGCUGAUCAGGCAGCGGCAUGUUUACA